AUGCGAAUCGCGGCGUACCUGGCUGGCGCCUUUCUUGUCGCCCAACAUGCGACUUGUUCACCUGUCACAGAAAGCAUCGACCUUUUGCGUUAUUUCUACCGGUCGUUACCGAAAGAUCAAGUUUCUGACGGUAAAGAGUCAGAUAGUAGGACAGUGGAGUGUCGUCAGGAGUUUAAAACAGAUGUAUGGACAGGAUGCGACGAUGUACUCGCACAAUUUCAGUUGACUCUGGAAGAAUUCAUACUUGCGAACCCUACCAUUGGUGAAGAAUGUGAUGGCUUCGUCCCUGGAGAGACUUAUUGUGUCGCUUUUAACGUACCGCGGAACAUCACCGAAGAUGGUAUAUGUGGUCAAAAGAUUAAUUUCACCAAAACGUGUGUCGGAAGCGAUUUUGGCGACUGUUGCGGUCUAGGUGGAAAGUGCGGCUCCGGUGAAGAAUUCUGUGGCGAUAAUUGUCAAGACGGCAACUGCUUUGGCGAUGCAACGACGACUUCAUCCAUGCCAGCGAAACCAUCCGCGACAAAGGCGCCGCUUUCCGUCUCUACAAAUGGGGACUGUGCCUACAAUAGCGGCUUCACAUGCAAGGGAUCAGAGUUUGGCGAUUGCUGCUCGGCUGCUGGCUACUGUGGAGAUGAUGAGUAUCAUUGUGACAAGUAUCUAGGCUGGUAA